UCGUUAUAACUUAAUAAGAAUCCAUUUUCGUGUUAAUUGUUCUAGAUCAUUAGACAAAGUCAAUUCUAUUUCUCAACAAUUAUUCACUCAUCAAAUUUAGUUCGACAAAUAUUCCAACAAUCAAGUCCCCAAAAUGAACAAAUUAACUCUCGUGUGCUGUUUAAUGUUAAUUGUGAUUAGUUCCAAUGCCAACUUAUCAUAUGCCUCGUCCACAAGCUGUGAGAUUAAAUGUUUCUUUGAAUGUUUGUUUGUAUCUUCGCCCUGUAAGACCGAUGAUUGUCCCUGUCCCGAUGUCGAAUCAACCACCGGCAAUUCAACAACCACUACGGAAAUUAAAUCAACGACCAGUAAUUCAAGUGAACCAACAAGAGCAGCUAAUAAAGCUGAUUCUUUCUCAUUGAAACAAUUGAAGUCCUAUGUCUCCGGUGGCUCUGGUCAGUCAAAGAAUGGAUCAACUGGUGGCUCAGGUUCAUACGAUUACAGUCAAUACACUAAACAAGGAGCACCAGCAUCACCGAGUGGAAAUAAUAAAACCUCUUCAUCAGGCUCAUCGGGCUCAUACGAUUACAGUGCCUACAACACUGAACCAGCGACAAUCCCCUCGAAUCCCAAUGGUGGCUUUGAUUACAGUGAAUACAAUACAGCACCUUCAACAAUCCCUAAAAACGGCGGUGGAUCAGCUUAAUUAUGAGCCUAUUAUUUAAAUAAUUAUUUUUCCAAAUGUCAAAACUUGUAACAUUUGAAAACUAAUUAAUAUCAUUGCGAUGAAAAUUAGAUUCAAUUGAGACGACAAUUUGUAUGCUUUAAUUGUUGAUAAGCAAAAUUAAAAGUAAAUUCAAGGAAUUGA